GCGGGCCGUCUUAGUCCCGCCCCUUUAUUGGCGUACGUCACAUAUUCCGGAAGGCGCGCUUUAUGUCCUAAUCGCUGGUGCUGCGGGCGCUGUUUAGGGGAGGAUCGGGCCAGACUGAAAAUGAUGGAUCCUAUAGAAAAUGGACUCUUUGACCUGCCAGAUUACGAGGACACAGAAGAUGAAAAUUUUCCACCAUUGCCUCCCCCACACUCGCCAGGAGCUGGUGAUGAUGAAGCAGAAGAUGUAGCAAAUGGAGAUGACUGGACAGAGAAUGCUGGACAGACACAGAGAGAGGAAGCCCCCAAACCUGCCAGACGGGUAGUAAAAAGACCGCAACCUAAGCUGGAUGGACAGAGGCUUGCCUCAAAGCGUGGAUUGCCAGCGCUGCGGCAUUUGUUUGAAGGUGUUAAAUUUAAAGGGAAAGGCCAUGAGGCAGAAGACGUAAAGCUCCUGCUCAGACAGAUGGAGAACUGGGCGCACCGACUGUUCCCCAAGCUACAGUUCGAAGACUUUCUAAACCGGCUUGAAUCGAUGGGAAACAAAAAAGAAGUGCAGACUUGUUUAAAGAAGAUCCGGAUGGACCUUCCCAUUGUACAUGAGGAUUUUCUUAGUGAAGAAGUUGUAGUUCAGACGGAGGAUCAUGACACAGACAUGCCCUCUGAAGACUUCUCUUUUCCUGAGGAGCUCCAUGUUCCUUCACAGUCCCAGCCUGUAAAGGUGGAUCUGAGUGAGGAGACUCUGCAGAGGAUUGAGAGGAAUCGGCGCUUGGCUUUGGAGAGGAGGAUGGAAAAGAUGCAAGCCCAAGCAGAGAGUCAGGCUUUGUCUCAGACAACUCUGGGCAAGUCUGAUCCUGAUGAAAUUCCAGAUGAUUUUGAUGCAGAAAUGCUAGAUGCUACUGAGAGCAUGGUGCUUGCCCCCACAGAACAGCAGUCUCCACAUCCUGUUGAUACAGACUUGUCCCUUGGACUAAACAGUCAGGACCUGCCUGUGCAAGAGGUCAAGCAGUCCCCUGCACCAUGUCCUGAACCACUGGGUGAUGGCCUCUCAGAGCAGGCACUCAGUCUUGGUGAUUCUGAUCUCCCAUCAACCUCAGACCCUAGCUCACCAAGAAUGCCUCUUACAGAACAAUUGCCUAGUUCUUCAGGUCCUGAUCCAAAUUCUUCACCAAGUGCCACACCUCAGAGUGAAGCCUCUGCUUAUGCAAACACUAAUGAUGAAGAGCACUGACCGUUGUAUAUCAUAAUUAUGCAGUUUUUGUUAUCCAAUAAACUAUUUUAUUUCAACAGA